UAUGGUAAUUUUAAUUAAAGUUUUGAAUUACAUAUCCCUUAACUAUAGAUAUUCGAAGCCUCUAUCAUAAAAUUAAUUUAACGGACCCACACUAGAAGAUCUGUAUAUUCUAUUUCAAUAAUUAGAAGGCUGAGAGAUUUAAACAACAAAUUAUCCAGAAUAAAAAGGCUCAGAUUUUAAAGCAACAAAAGUAUAAAGACUGUAAAAAAAGUCUAUACAAUAAAUCAUCAAAUUGAAAAAACAUAAACUAUCAUAGAAGAAGACACAAAGAGACAUACUAGUAAAUGAUUAUUUAUUAUUAUAAAGUUUAAUAUAAUGAGAUUAUUCAAGUAAAAUAUCGAACUACAAUUUUAAAGCUUCUAAAAAAAAGAUCAAAGAGAAUAAAUAAUCAAAUAAUCCUAAUAGAAUAUUUGAUCUUAAGCAAUUUUUUAUCGCAAUGUGUGAUUUAUUAAUACAUGAUUAUGAAAUUUGUGUUGAUAUGCAACAGACGCUGA